CCGGCCACUGCCACACGGACCAGGCGAAGCUGCAGCCCUGAACUGAAUUUUAAAGUAAAGAACGUCACCAGCUCAUCGAUUAAUCUGCCAACCAGUGCCUGCCCCUCUCCCGCUCGCACAAAGCCCCGCAGCCCAGACGAAAAUACGAAAAUACCUUAACAUACCUACCUCUGCCAGACCUCACCUACUCCCACUUCUUACUUUACUUCAUUACCCUUACCUUAGACGCCAACGCAUUUCAAUUCCUACACUUAUAAGCCAGUGCGAUACAUCAGGUAGUCAACAUGUCUGAUGAGAAGGAGAUUGACUACUCGCUGGCGAACCCAGACACCCUCACCAAGUAUAGGGUUGCCGCUACCAUUUCCGAGAAGGUCCUCGCCGCCGUUUCCAAGCUAUGUGUCGCCGGCGAGAAGAUCGUCUCUAUUUGCCAGCAGGGAGACAAGCUCAUCGAAGAUGAAGUUUCCAAGGUUUAUCGCACAACCAAGCUAAAGGGUUUUUCUCACCCCACGACUGUUUCGCCCUCCUCGUACGUGACACCCUACACCCCCUUGACGUCCGACAACGCGGAAGCGAACAUCGAGCUUCAGGCUGGUGAGCCCGUCAAGAUCCAACUCGGUGCUCAGAUCGAUGGGUUUGGUUCCAUUGUCUGCGAUACGAUUAUCGUUCAACCCAAGGACCAGGCAGAGGAUGUCAUCACUGGUCGCACCGCCGAUUUGCUACUUGCGACGUACUACGCCAACGAGCUUCUCAUUAGGCUCAUGAUGCCUCCUGGACUAUUGGCAAGCGGGACCGACGAGGAGAAGGCGAAGGCUGCCGCAGCCAAGCCUCCUACUCAAACCAAGAUCACCUCUCUCCUAGACAAGGUCGUCAAGAGUUACGAGUGCAAUUUGGUAGAGAGCACAACUUCUUGGCUCUUUGACCGCAACGAGAUUGAAGGCAAGAAGAAGAUCGUGCUUGCCCCUGCAGAGUCUACCAAGGGAGAGGGAUCGCCUGAGAUUGGCGAAGUAUGGGGUGUAGAGAUGGGCGUGAGUCUAGGUUCUGGCAAAUGCAAGACAAUCGAGCAGCGAGCGACUCUCCUCCGCCGAACGAACAAUACCUACAUCUUGAAGUCGCAGACUGCGCGUAAAACCCUCUCAACUAUCCAAAGCAAAUUUGGUCACUUUCCUUUCAGCUUGAGACAGCUUGAAGAGGAAGGUGGUGAUACCAAGUAUAAAGUUGGAGUGUUUGAGGGCGCCCGUCAAGGCGUGAUACGACAGUACGAGCUCGUCGGCGACAAGGAUAGCUCUCCCGUAGCGAGACUAUUAACUACCCUCGCUAUUACGAAGAACGGCAUUUCGAAACUUGGUGCCCCACCUGCACUGGAUUUAAGCAAGGUCCAGUCGGAUAAGAAGAUUACUGACGAGGAGGUCCUGAAAAUAUUAGAACAGCCUCUGAGCAAAAAUAAGGGGAAGAGCAAGAACAAGAAGAAGAAGAAGCCUGCCAAGAAGGCUGCCGGGGGAGAUGCCGAAGGCGAAGACGAUAGCGACGAGGAGUAGGAUCGCCAAGUACUCUCACCACUCCAAUGCAUUCGAGGCACGCAUUCUGCAAGUCUGUAUUGCCUUGGUCAUAGCUGCCGCAGCAUAGGGUCAAUGAAUGACGUGGGCUCGAGAUUCCUACGUUCAUCGAUCGACACGGCUCACGUGUCUGUAUGGCUCAGCAUUUUGACGGAUGGUUCUUAUUGAAUGUCAU